CCCGUAUUACACUUGUGAACGCGCUGAAGGCCCAAUCCAAUAGACACUUGCAAGUUGACUCGCCACCAGCCCCUUUCUGUGCAUUGUAGCAGCCAGCCAUAAUGGGAAAGCGACGAGGAGGAGGCGGAGAACGAGAGGACCAGUUCGGCGAAGUCGGGGGUUCGCAGGACAAGCAGCAGUUUAGCGGCUUCAGCGGGCGGGGCAUGACCGGUGGCGGCAGCGCGGGCGGCUCCAAAAAGGGCGGCGACGUGUCCUACACACGCCAGGUGCCCAAGUUCCUCCAGAAGUACACCCACCUGCUAGGCAAGCCGGCGGUGGAUGAGGACGCGCCGGUCGUGGAGGGCGGGCCGGGGGGGCGCGGCGGCGAGGAGGAUGAAGAGGAGGAGGAUGAUCGGGAGGACAACAUAGAGGCGGACGCGCUGAAACGCGCCAUGGCUGACAACCCCGAGCUGGCGGCGGAGUUUGGGUCCACACUGGCGGGCAGGCUGCGUGCGGCGGAGGCGGCGGAGGAGAAGGAGCGCGGCAACACCUUGUUUGGCCGCAAGAGGUAUGCCGAGGCGGCGGCGGCGUUCAGCAAGUGCAUAGAGCUGGACCCCAGCAACGAGAUCUACUUCUCCAACCGCUCCGCCGCCCACGCCGCCCUGGAGCACUGGGAGGAGGCGGCGGCGGACGGCCGCCGCUGCGUUGCGCUCAAGCCCAACUGGGCCAAGGGGUGGGCGCGGCUGGGCGCGGCAUGCAUGGGGCUGAAGCUGUACGGCGACGCGCGCGAGGCCUACGAGCGAGCGAUGGGGCUGGAGCCGGACGACGCCAGUUUGAGGAAGGCGGCGGAGCGGGCAGAGUUUAUGGAGUUUCAACAGAUCCGGGAGGGCAAGCACACAUUCAAGAAGAUGAAGGCCGGAGGCGGCGGGGGAGGAGGCGGGGGCGCGAGUGGGUCAGGGCCGGCGGCAGCGGCGGCGCCGGCAGGGGCAGCGGCGGCGGGGAGAGAGGAGCGGGGGGAGGCAGCAGCGCCUGCAGGGGCGGCGGCGGUGGCGGGUGGCAAGGGUGCUAAAGGCUCGGAGGCGGCGGGGAGAGGCGGCGGCGCCGGCGGCGGGGGCGUUGCUCCCAAGGGCAUCGCUGCUCCCAAGAACAACACAAACAAGCGGAUACUGUCGUUUGGGGCGGACGAGGAGGAGGAGGAGCAGUGAGCGGCAGCAGCAGUAGGAGGAGGAGGAGGAGGAGGCGCACAGCAGCAGCAGCAGCAGCAGGAGGAGGAGGAGCAGCAGGAGAGGAGGAGGAAGCACAGGUGCUGAGGGGGGUUGCUGAGGGUUGCUGAGGGGGGAGGGGGCGUGCUGAGGACGCGUAAGUGCGUGUGUGCGGUGGUGCAGGUUGAGUGGGGGUGCAGGCGUGGCGCCACGCAUGCAUCAUUGCACAUGCACAAACUUGGGAGAUUAUGAUCCUGUCGCAUGUAACGCUACUUGGGC